AUGUGGUCACUUGAUGGAUUAGAGGGUAGGUUAAAGGAACAUAGUGAGUUCAUUGACUCGCUAAUGUGUUUAAUUCCUCCGAAACAUUAUUUCAAGAAUGAUCCUAAUGCUUCAGACGACGAAGAAAAAUUUCAACCCAAUAAAAAGAAAAGAAUUCCAAAGAAAGUCCUUAAAGAACAAAAGAAACAAGCAAAAAGACAAAAGCUUGAUCCAAAGAAUUUAAAGACUGUGCAAGAGCUUCAAAUAGAAAAGUUGCACAAGAUUCAACAAGAAAAACAAAAAGAAAAAGAACAGGAAGAUGAUGAGAAAGACAUCGAUGAUGAAGAAGAGGAGGAAAGUGACAAGGAGUCUCAAUCAGAUUUAGAGGACGGUGCCGAAAGUGAUGAAGAUGAUAAGAAUAAAAUCAUAACUGUUGCUAAGAAUAAUGGUGAUAUCAAGAAAGGUGUAGAUAUUAAAAAGAGUGGAAGCGUUAAAAGAAAAAUUGAUGAUGUCCACCUCAAAGUCAAGUUACAAGACAAAAUUGUAAAAAUAGGAAGAUUAAAAAGAUUGGAUCCUGAGAAGGCUGCAGAAUUACAAGUAAAAGAAGCGUGGGAUAAAGCAUUUCUGAAGGCACAAGGAGAAAAGGUUAAGGAUGAUCCUAAAUUGUUAGCAAAGACUAUUAAAAAGAAAAUUAUCAAAAAAAGGAAAAGUGAAAAGGCUUGGGAAGAUCGUAUUGAAUCUGUUGAAAAAUCCAUGGCUGAAAGACAAAAAACCCGAACAGAGAAUAUUAAAGCUAGGAUUGAUGUAAAGAAUAAAAAGAAAAAGAAUAAACGAAAAUAA